CGCCGCGCCUCAGGGCUGCCCAGCGCGCCGAAGAGCUCCGCAGAGCGCCUGCCUCGCGGCCGGGGCCGCUGUAGCGCGGCUGCCCGCUACUUUUCCGCGAGCAAGUGAGCGGGACGCAGGACUGGCCGCGGGCGCUCGCCGCAGGUCCCUCGCAGAACCUGGGUCAGACUCUGAAUCUAAGGAUCAGGAUCAAGAACAGAAAGAAACUUCUGGGCAGCAAGGAACAGGUGGGACAGGAGGAGCCCAAGAGCAGCAGCAGCAGCAGCAGCAGCAGCAGCAGCAGCUGAGUGAAGAACACCAGAAUGCAUUAGAACAGUUUUCUGCUGUUGCCGCCCACAGCACCCCUGUGAAAAAGGAACAGGCUACUGAAAAAGAACUCGAAUUUGCUGCUGCAGCAGCAAAACAACUGGAGUACCAGCAGUUUGAAGACGACAAGCUUUCUCAGAAAUCAAAUUCAAGCAAACUCUCCAGAUCUCCUCUAAGGAUUGUCAAAAAACCAAAAAAUAUGCAGUGCAAAGUAAUUCUUCUGGAUGGUUCAGAAUAUGGCUGUGAAGUGGAGAAACGCUCAAAGGGCCAAGUACUAUUUGACAAAGUAUGUGAACACCUGAACCUCUUGGAGAAAGACUACUUUGGGCUAACAUACAGAGACAUGGAAAACCAAAAGAAUUGGUUGGAUCCAGCCAAGGAAAUAAAAAAGCAGAUCCGAAGUGGUGCUUGGCAUUUCUCAUUUAAUGUGAAAUUCUACCCUCCUGAUCCUGCCCAACUGUCUGAAGAUAUCACCAGGUACUAUCUCUGUUUACAACUGAGAGACGACAUUGUCUCUGGACGAUUGCCAUGCUCUUUUGUUACCCUUGCACUUUUGGGCUCCUAUACAGUCCAGUCGGAGCUUGGAGAUUAUGAUCCUGAUGAAUAUGGAAGUGAUUAUGUCAGCGAAUUUCGCUUUGCCCCAAAUCAUACUAAAGAAUUGGAAGAUAAAGUAAUAGAGCUUCAUAAGAGUCACAGGGGAAUGACACCUGCAGAAGCUGAGAUGCAUUUUUUGGAGAAUGCCAAAAAAUUAUCCAUGUAUGGAGUAGAUCUACAUCAUGCCAAGGAUUCUGAAGGAGUUGAAAUCAUGUUAGGGGUUUGUGCAAGUGGUCUCUUGAUAUAUCGAGACAGACUCAGAAUAAACAGGUUUGCUUGGCCUAAAGUUCUAAAAAUUUCAUACAAAAGGAAUAACUUCUACAUCAAAAUCCGACCAGGGGAAUUUGAACAAUUUGAAAGCACAAUUGGGUUUAAAUUACCAAAUCAUCGUGCUGCAAAGCGUUUAUGGAAAGUAUGUGUUGAACAUCAUACAUUUUUCAGGCUUUUGCUGCCAGAGGCUCCUCCUAAAAAAUUCCUUACAUUGGGGUCCAAGUUUCGCUACAGUGGAAGAACUCAAGCGCAGACGAGGCGAGCGAGUGCACUGAUUGACCGCCCUGCUCCCUACUUUGAACGGUCAUCGAGCAAACGCUACACGAUGUCUCGGAGCCUGGAUGGGGCAUCAGUGAAUGAAAACCAUGAAAUGUACAUGAAGGAUUCUAUGUCUGCUGCAGAGGUUGGUACUGGCCAGUAUGCCACGACAAAGGGCAUCUCUCAAACCAACUUGAUAACUACUGUGACUCCAGAGAAAAAAGCAGAAGAAGAGAAGGAUGAAGAACAGAUUAAAAAAAAGAAAGCAGAGGAAGUCACUCCAGUCUCAGCAGUACGGCAUGAUACAAAGACCGACAGUGAAAGGACAGAUACUGCAGCUGAUGGUGAAACCACUGCUACAGAGUCGGAUCAGGAAGAAGAAGGAGAUCUCAAGGCACAGAAUAGUCUGAUUAAACGCAUACAGGGUGAAAAUGUGUAUGUCAAACAUAGUAAUCUUAUGUUAGAGGAACUGGAUAAAAACCAAGAAGACCUGAUGAAACACCAGACCAAUAUAAGUGAGCUGAAACGGACAUUCUUGGAAACCUCCACAGAUACCUCAGGGACCAAUGAAUGGGAAAAGAGACUUUCAACCUCACCUGUACGGCUUUCUGCAAGACAGGAAGAAGCUCCUAUGAUCGAACCACUUGUGCCUGAAGAGACCAAAGAAGAAAGAGAGAUAUCUGAAAAACGUAUAUUUUUACAGAAGGACAGCACUACAUACCUUGAUUCUCAGGGCUCUGAGGAUUGGGUAAUUGUAGACAAGGUACCCAUUGAGGUAGUUGAUGGUGAAUCGAAAACCAUUGUGACAUACAAAGUAAUGACUGUGAGCAGUAAAACUGGUGACAUUCCAACUCAGCUUUUAAAACCCAGUACCCGUGAAAUGCAGACCUUUGAGGACUUGGAAGGUGAAUUGCAGUUGAAAGACGACCAUAAGCAGAAAAUGUAUACCUUAGGAAAAUCCUAUGAUACUGUCUCUGGGAAAAUUGUAACCAUGACCACUAAAGUAAAAGAGGGAGAAAAAGGUGUUCCGUCAUCACUUCAAGCAUUCCAAAAAAUGGAAAGGGCUGUGCCAGAAUCUGUGAAAAUCAUCCCAGUAGUAACAGAGUAUGAAAUUCUAGAACCAGUUACUGAUGAAAAGUCCAGAAGGUUAUCUGAUGCAAAAAGAAGGGUAUCGGAAUCACUGACACCCAUUAAAGAGGCAGACUCCCGGCUGCAGAGUCCUGAAGAGGAAAGUGCAAAGAAGACACUAAAGACGGAGCAGGAUUUGCAGUUGCAUGAUACACCGGGGAGCAUGCAGACUGCCAGAGACGGGAAACUUCUUGAUGAAGAAAAGCUAAAAGAAGAGGCAUUUGGUCGGAAAGAUAAGACUAUAUCUGAGUGGAAAUAUUCCAGAGAACCGCCCUUUACCAUUGCUACUGCUCACUAUGUUACCGAAUCAUCAGCAUCAAGAGUAGUGAAAAAACAACUCUCCGGUGAAAAAACCUUGGAUGGUUCUGAUAUCUUCACUUUAAUAGAGUCUGCAAGAAAACCAACUGAGUUCAUAGGAGGGGUUACAUCUACUUCACAUAGCUGGGCGCAGAGAACAGACGCCAAGUCUGAUCAGGAGAUCCGGUCCAGUGAAAAGAAGCCAGAAAAGGAGGACUUGCAACAGGAGACCAUAAGGAAGGUUGUGCAGGAAACUGUAGUGGUCGAAGAGAAGCGUGUGAUGGGCGUGCAUGCACAUGGGGACGCUGCUCACUUGGCUGGCGUUCAGCUGGAUGCUACAGCACAGGCCAUCUCUCAUGUGGCUUCUGGCAUCACAGGGAAGGAGGGCUCUGCGGUAACUGAGGGGGCUAAAGAGGAAAAAAGACAGGAGGCUGAAAAAGCUGUAAGCAAGCAGGAAGAAACUGCUACUGUUUCGCAUGAUCAGGAGGAGGAGCAGAAAGCAACAGCCUAUGUUUCGGAUACACAGGAAAGAAAGCCUCUUUUUGAGCAGUCACCAAUUGUGAAGACUGAAACAAUCAGUUUUGGCAGUGUUUCUUCAGGUGGUGAGAAGCUGGAAAUUUCUAUGAAGGAAGUUCCCAUUGUUCAUACUGAGACUAAAACUAUUACAUAUGAAUCAUCUGAGGGAGAUCCUGGUGCCGACUCUGAGCCAGGAGUUCUGAUGAGCGCACAAACCAUCACAUCUGAAACUACCAGUACUACAACUACUACACAUAUCACCAAGACUGUAAAAGGAGGCAUAUCAGAGACAAGAAUCGAAAAGCGAAUAGUCAUUACAGGGGAUGCCGAUAUUGACCAUGAUCAGGCGCUGGCUCAGGCAAUUAAAGAGGCCAAAGAGCAGCACCCUGACAUGUCAGUGACCAAAGUAGUGGUACAUAAAGAGACAGAAAUCACACCAGAAGAUGGGGAGGAUUGACCACAGGAAUAAUGUAGCUUUCUUACGAAUUCAGUCAUAUACACCAUUGGGAAUAUCAGAACCUACAUGGAGUCUUGGUUCUAACCCAAAAGGCUUGCAUCUCUCCAGAGAAUUUUUCAGUGUGGAAGAAUCUAUCUUGAUUGCUACUAAGGACACUGGCAGAAAUAUCGUUCCAUUUACAGCAAUCUGAAUCAGCAUUAGUAACCCAAUAUUUGCAUGAAGCAAUGAACAAAUUACAAAAAGCAGCAUUUUAAUUUUCCUAAACUAAGUUUCCAUCUAUACCUGCACGUUCAUCAAUAAUAUAAAACAGUGAUCUCAUGCUACACAUAAAACAGUUCAUGCCUUCACAGUUAUUGAAAGGCUCAACCACAAUUUCUUAGUUGGCAAAACAUUUGUUUAGGGUAAGUGAAGAUUACCCUAAAAUGCUAUAAGCUGUAUAGUGUAUAAUGUUUUAUCACAUUAGAUGUGCCAAUAACACACUUUACUCAGUAAACAACUUGAAUCAUGAUUGUUUUCAUCUGGUUUUAUUAUUCUUGUCAAAUAAACAAUGGUGAAUCUCUAAUCUUAUUUAAAUGCUUACAAAAUGUGCUUUGUUUACCUGAUUUGAGAUCUUUGAUAGUAAUGAUUUUAGCAUUGUUCAAAGUAUCCUGCAGUCACCCUUCACAAGUCCUAAUCCAAUCAAUUAUGCUUUUAUUAUUUUAAAUAAAUUGUGUAUUUUCCUUAACAUUUCAGAAAUAAUAGUCCGAAAUUGUGAUAUUUUAAAAUUGAUUUCCCUUUUGUUCUCAGAGAAAAUGUUUCUUUUCACAAGUCUGGUCAGCAUUUCCUAUCUAGGUCAGAGCCUUAAAUGUACAAAACACCUACUAAACAUUCUUUGGUAUUGGUUAUCACAUCCAUUUUAAGAGAAAUUGUCAUCAUCACACUGUCAGUCGCAUCACAACACAUGGUGAAUGUAUGUUUCUGCAUAGUGAAAUAAAAGUGGUAAAUGCACCAAAAUUUGUAUUGGUCUAUGUCUAAGAAACCUUGUUUUCUAUACUGUAAAAUAUCAAAGUCACUUGAAUGUUCCUGAGAGAGAUGUUUUUCCAAUUAAACACAAUAAGGUACAAGCAGAAGAGCAGAGAGAGCUAAGACAUUUUGUGUAAAGAAAUUGUUCCCAGUUGUGUACAUACAUGUCCUCUAACUGUGUCUGUAUUAUAUAGCUGUUUCAUGUGUUUCUCAUAAAAUAAAAAAUAUGAUCAACUAUUUUUAGUAUUAGCCUGAAGAAAAAUUACUUUUGUAUUCUCCAUUCUAAAUCAUGAGAGAACUAAUAAUCUGGAUAUAAACCAGCCAAAGUUAAGCAUUUCUAAGUUCCAGUCCAAUUGAAUAGUUAAAGCAUCUGUUUUGUGCUCUCUUGCUCAAAUUAAUGAGAUUUAAAAGUACUUAAUUUAGGCUGGGUUAGAUAUUUUGAUUUAGCUGCUCAUUCAGUUUACUCAUGAUAUUUGUUGAAGAAAAAAUGUAACAAGUGCAUUUUGUAGUCUUUUGAAAUAAAAUAUCAUCUGUAAAGCUGUUUUUGCUGAUAAAGCCCAAGUGCACAUGCAAUUUCUAAUUGACUUGAGUGGCAGGAGCUUCUGUGAAGCAAGACUGGAUAUUUAAGAUAGACAGAAAGGAAUAAAUAUUUUUAAAGAGUAUAUAUCGAGAUAAAUAAUCUAUAGAGAAAAUAAGUAAAAAAAUAAGAGCCCUGGUCCAGCAGUUACCUUGUUGCAGGCCUAAUUCAUAUCCUGCCAAGUGAUUAUCUAUAAAAAUACACAACUUGGAUCCAGCUGGAAUGCAUAGAGGCAACUAGUAUGAACCAGCACCUCUGUCCACAGCCUAUAUAUGUAGCAAUCAUAAUUUGCAGGAUCCCAGUGACUUGUGAAAGGGCUACAUUUUAUCAGAAUCAUGGCUGCUGAAGGUAGAAUUGUUGGUUCAUAAAAUUAGCACUUCUGCAUAAUCACAGCUGGGUCAGAAAACCAUCAGUGACCCCUGUGGACUUCCACAGCCCAAGCUGGGGUUGUCAACCAUCUCAGGCCAAAUAUGUCAGAGACAGUUCUGCAUGUGCAUCUCCCUUAAUUGUUGGAGCUCUGGAAGUUUUGGAUUGUACUGAAGGUAGUCUCUUGACUUUUCAACACUCUUCUUGGGAGAGUCCCAUCCUGGGACCAGGCAUAUUUUGAUAAGUGGCUCCCAUGGACAGCAUCCAGUAUUGUUCCCCUGCUAGUUGGGUUUAUCACUAGCACAGUGGGAACUUAGUGAUUCCCAAACCAAACUGAGCAGAAAUGCUGGUUACUGGAAGGGCAUGGAUCAGUAGAGCUGAUAGGAGGGCGUUUCAUUGACCAGUCCUGUUUUGUGAAUGAGUAUUUCUGGGGUUACUUUUAAAACCUCUCAUUCCCUAUUCCUCAAGUGCUAAGUCCACAGUGGAACCAGCUCUCUGUAUAAGGAUGUAAUUCUAAGCACACUGAGAGUGAACACAGGACUUACUUCUGAUUAAACUUACAGAAGUCAGCAUUGUUGGUUCCCCUUAUUCUAAUUAUUUGUGUACACUGGUGCACCCCUACAUAAUGCAGGCAUCAGUAUGUAGUAUUUCUCUUCCUGACUCACAUGAAUUCUUUUGCUGCUAUAUGUACGUAGGAAGCAGCUCUCAUUGAAUUGCUUUAAAUUUCUUUCUUGUAGAAGGCUUUCUAUUAACACAGUGUGCGUGUUCCAUCUAGCACAACCAUCAUCUUCUGUUCUUAAGAAUACAGGAAGAUUCAUUACUGCUGUCAAGUUUUAGACUUUCCAUUUUUCACCCUCCUCAAUUUGUGCUGUUUUGAAAUAGAGUAUUGAAAUAUAAUCACCCCUUCUAUCUCCGUGAAUGCCAAAAUCAGCUUCAAAUGGAAUUGGCAUGUUUCUCAAAAGACUCCACUCCAGGUUCUUGUUAAGGCAUCAAGCAUUUAAGUCAUAUUCCUAUUUCAUAUAGGCCAUAUACACUUUCUCGGCUGAAAAACUAAAGUAUUUGUUUAUCAGUUCAACUGAUACUCAACUGUGAAAAGUCUGUCUUCUUCUGAACAAAUACUUUAUUCCCAUGUAGGAAAACUAGGUAAUUUUGAUCACAAGGCUAAGUGUUGAAAUUGCUAUUAAAAUGUGGGAAAUGUUGUUUUGCAGUGGCUAGAAAAAUGGAUUCUCAAAACUAGUUCAAGUGAUAGUGAAAAGCAUCUCAAAUAUCAGCUUAUUUCAGACAAUCAUACAAGGUUACAGCUAUAGUAGCCCCUUCACAAGUCAGGCAUAGAUAUUAUGAAGCAUGGCAUCAGAAUCCACUAAGGCUACAGGACUGACAUACAAAAGGGGAAUUGGCCCCAUUGAACACAGCGGGACUUACUUCUGAGUGGACAUGCAUAGGAUUGUGCUGCACAUUUUACGGAACAGCUAAAAUCCUCUGUCCAAGGUUAUUUCUAUGUUGCCCACAUUUUAGCAUGGCAUAUCAAAAGCUAAUACAUUGUUUCAUAAGAUGUGUCUAUUUAGAAUGGGUGCUCACAAUUAAAAUAAGAAUGAAGUGCACAAAUUAUGGCUUGAUGUUAGUGAACUUUGUUUGAGGAUCUCUCCUGGGAAAUAAAUGUUGCUCUUUCAUUGUUUGGGGGGUUGACUGCUUAAUUCUGUGCCAGAUGAAAUAAAUGCUCUUGCCUGUUUUUAGCAACUGCUUUUUGUCUCAGA